AAAAUAACUAUGGCUUCGGAGAGCCAGGAAUAUGCUGUCGACGACGAGAUCGCCGCGUUUUUCUCAAAGACCUCGGUGCGUUGCGAAGCUUGCGACGUAUUGGCCAAGGAGCUCGUCGGCGGCGACCAUGUCAUUCCAGUCGCGGUGCAGGGAGUCUGCUCGUAUACUGUUUACGCCGGACAGGGCCUUGGCUAUGUCGUUCAGUUCCGCCUCAUGUCUCACGAGCUUAAGGUAGAAACCGCCGUUCUUGCCCGACAGAUCUUUGGCACCUUCGCACCAGACGUAUCGUUCAGGCAGAAGCUCGGCGAAGAUUUGACAACGGCUGGUUAAGAACCUCUGCUCGUCUAUGUCAUGACUCGUAUACGGGGGAUGAGCCGCCUGGACUUCAUACUCGCACAUGGCUUCCCAGACAACUCACCCGAGAAUAAGGCCCGGCGCAAGAACCUGGUUCAGGAUGUCGCAAGGUUCUUUGCUCUUGCGUGGAAGGCGCCACAAAAGGUUGACCAAGCCUACCGCGAUCGCAUGGCUGAAGGACCCCGUGGAUCUGUGCUCACCACCCCGCGCGAUUUUCGACUCAUCGCGCAGAAGGGCGGCAUCGAGCUUUCAGUCUUGGACGAAGAGAGUGCCGUUACCCUCCUGACAAGUAUGUCACGGUUCAAUGGUGACAAACUGGACGAUGAUGAACGGAAGGAAGAACUUGACGCCGCGCUUAGCAUCGUAAGGAGAAUCGAUUGCUUACCAUUAGCCAUCAUGCACUCGGCAAACCUCGUUCUCUCGGAUUCGUGCACCUUCUCCGAGUUCCUUGAGGCGUACAGCAAUCGCGAACUGAUCCAGGACUGCGAGGAGGUCCGCCUGGUCAAUCAGUCUAGCGGUGCAGCGUACCGGUACUCGCUUCGAACAGUCUGGAACAUGAGCUUUGACCGCCUAGACUCAGGGGCACAGAGCUUGAUAAGAAUGUUAUCCUACAUGGACCCGGAUCGAGUUCAGCUGCGCCAUCUCGCCGACGGAGUGGGAAAGGCCAAGGACCCGGCACUGGGAUUCAUGGACAUCGCCUACAAGAGAAACAAGCUCAAAGUUCAGCUCUUGCGGAGCUCGCUCGUCACACAGAGCAAGAAACACAAGGAGCUGCGGGUGCACAGGCUAGUACAAGCGUCAUGCCAUCUACGUAUGGACCUUGAGGAGCGCCGCCAGAGUUUCAAAAACGCACUCACUAUCGUUAAACACUGCUGGCCGGUUCCGCCCAGAACGGCCAUUUAUGAUCCUGCGUUAUGGGAUGCACAGCAAGCCCUUCUGCCACAUGUGCAAUCGCUUUGCGCACAUUAUGUCGUCUCCUGCAAAGAAGGGAACCCGCUGAUUCCACCCGAGACCGUGAACUGGGACUUCCCGAUGAUUCUGUACGAGGCCGGAUGGUACUGCUACGAAAGGGCUCUCCAUGCGCUUGCUUAGUGUCUCGGCUCCGCGUUCUAUCGGGAGAGGAAAGCAGGGCAACCAUUUCAAUUAUCAUAUAUAAACUAGGUCGGUAAAUACCGA